AGGAGGUCGAAGAGACGAUGUGAGCUCCCCCUCUCUCUCUCUCUUCGAGAGCCCUCUUUUGAAGGAGCGAAUCGAACCCUGGUAGAGGAGGAGGAGACGAUUAAAGCUUAAAUCUACUAGGUGAUCUCGCUAAUCUUUGGCGCAGUCACUUUCUCAACACUGAAUUAUGGCUAGUCUUGCUGAUUCCUUCUUAGCCGAUCUCGAUGAACUGUCAGACAAUGAAGAGCACCCUCUUGAUGACGAGAAUGCGGAAGCAGGAGAUAUGGAAGAUGAUGGUGAUGAUGAGAUGCCAGAUCUUGAAUCUCUUAACUAUGAGGAUCUUGAUAGUGUUUCGAAAUUGCAGAAGACGCAACGUUACAAUGAUAUCAUGCAAAAAGUGGAUGAUGCGCUUCAGAAAGGGUCAGACUUUUCUACCAAUGUGACCAUCUUAGAGGAUGAUCCCGAGUACCAACUAAUCGUCGAUUGCAAUGCCUUAUCGGUAGAUAUCGAAAACGAAAUCAUUAUAAUUCACAAUUUUAUACGUGACAAAUACCGCUUGAAGUUCCCCGAGCUGGAAUCACUGGUUCACCAUCCAAUCGAUUAUGCUCGAGUUGUUAAGAAAAUCGGAAAUGAGAUGGAUUUAACCCUCGUCGAUUUGGAAGGGCUUCUCCCUUCAGCAAUCAUAAUGGUAGUUUCUGUCACAGCAUCAACUACAAGUGGCAAGCCCCUGUCUGAAGAGAACUUACAGAAAACAAUUGAAGCUUGUGAUCGAGCCCUAGCUCUUGAUUUAGCUAAAAAGAAAGUUCUGGAUUUUGUGGAGAGUCGGAUGGGAUACAUCGCGCCAAAUCUCUCUGCUAUCGUCGGUAGUGCAGUUGCAUCUAAGUUAAUGGGGAUAGCUGGUGGCUUGUUAGCAUUAGCGAAAAUGCCAGCUUGUAAUGUUCAGCUUUUGGGGGCAAAGAAGAAAAAUCUAGCCGGCUUUUCUACUGCAACCUCUCAGUUUCGUGUGGGUUAUCUUGAACAAACUGAAAUCUUUCAGAGCACUCCUCCGUCCUUAAGGACUCGCGCUUGUCGACUGUUAGCUGCAAAAUCAACCCUGGCUGCAAGAGUUGACUCGACGAGAGGGGAUCCCACAGGAAAGACCGGAAGGAACUUGCGAGAAGAAAUCCGGAAAAAGAUUGAGAAGUGGCAAGAGCCCCCCCCAGCAAAGCAGCCAAAGCCUUUACCUGUUCCAGAUUCGGAACCUAAGAAGAAGAGAGGAGGCCGCCGACUCCGAAAAACGAAAGAAAGAUAUGCUAUCACCGAUAUGCGGAAGCUCGCCAAUCGAAUGCAAUUUGGAGUGCCGGAAGAGAGUUCUUUAGGUGAUGGCUUAGGCGAGGGAUAUGGUAUGCUCGGUCAGGCAGGAAGUGGGAAGCUGCGCGUAUCGGUUGCACAGAACAAACUUGCUGCCAAAGUGGCUAAAAAGUUCAAGGAGAAGCUUUAUGGUAGCAGCGGCGCAACAUCUGGGUUGACAUCAAGUCUUGCAUUUACGCCUGUACAAGGUAUAGAACUGACGAAUCCGCAAGCGCAUGGUAACCUGCUAGGAAGUGGAAUUCAGAGCACAUAUUUCUCUGAAACAGGGACAUUUUCAAAGAUCAAGAGGACUUGAAGAAAACUGAACAAGUCGCCAUCACAGCUUAGACGAUUUAGACACCCGGUACUGGCUCUUCUUGAACACCAACUUUUCUUAUUAGCAUCUUACUGUAUCAGUUGUUGAGAUAUAUAGAUAAAAAGUUCUCCGACUCAUGCAUUCUAUAUGGUCACGUUAAGUGAACAACAGAAUUUUCGUGGCAUUCCAUGUGCCAAUCAUGUGCAAAAGAUGACAUGUCUCUGUAGAGUAGGUUUAUGGUUGUUUAAGUUUCGCAACUGUUAGAUCAUCUGACUUGUAUUGUAUUAGUAUAUGCUGUGAUUUCUUAUGUCAAAAAAACCUCAAAAUCAUGUUGUUUUUCUU